ACGUAGAGUGAAAAGUUUAUUUGACUUUUUUUAAUGUUUAGAUACAGAGAAAAUAACAGUGAUAAGCUUAAUUUUUAUUUCAAAGCUGUAAGAAUAUUAUUAAAUUUGAGAAAGAUUUUUGUAAAAGUUUAGGUUUUCAAAUAUGAACCUACUCAAAACGCUUUUUAAUACUGUAUAAGCUUUUAAAUGAUCUUACAAAAAAAUAAAUGGUUACAGUUUUGUUUAAUUAUAUACCUGGAAUGUCAAAGUGUUUUCGGUUUCCUAUGUGACAAUUCUUUGGGAUUAAACCGCGGACUACCGGAUAAUGUAAAGCUUCCCGAUGAUCGAUUUUCAGCAUCAACUAAUGAUGGACUGCAUCUUCCUAAGUAUGGACGGUUAUAUUCAGAAGAUAAUAACAAUAGCGUUAGUACAAAAAGAGACCAAGUUUGGUGUGCCAGCAAAGAUGAUAGUGCCCCUUGGUUUCAAGUUGAUCUUGGUUUUGUACAAGCAGUUGCUAAAAUUUUAAUUGGGUCACAUGAGUCUGUUGCUAGUUUUGUUAAGACAUAUGCAGUUAAGUAUAGUUACAAUGGAACUUUGUGGUUUGAUGUGCUGGAAAAUCAAAAAACAAAGAUAUUUAAUGGACCUGACAGUUAUUAUGACUAUUUGAAUGAGACACUAGUGAAGCCGCUGAUUACAAGAUUUGUUCGAAUUUAUCCUAAUGCGAAAGAAGGAGUUUCGUUUUGCAUGCAAGUAGAACUUUAUGGUUGCAUUCCUAAAAAAGUGCACAGCAAAAAUGUUGGCUUAGAAAACUCAACUAUAUUCUCAAAUGAAAGGUUUUUGGCUUCUUCUGUUUAUAAGAACACAAAUCCAUUUGAAGCUCGUUUAACUCACUCCUCUCAAUUGGCAGCUUGGUGUGCUGAUGUUAAUGAUAAAACUCCUUGGCUUGAAAUAGAUUUAAUGUACAUUCGAGAGUUAUCAGAAAUUGAAACUCAAGGGUUCAAUCAAACAAAUGCAUGGAUUAAAAGCUUUAGACUUAAUUAUAGUAUGAAUGGUAAAAAUUGGAAGGAGUAUAAUAAUUACCAGACAUUUGUAGCUAAUUCUAAUUCAAAUGAAAUAAAAAUGAUCAAAUUAGAUCCUUUUCUAACAAGAUUUAUUCGUAUAUUGCCUGUUAUUUGGAAAGAUUUGCCAUGUUUGCGAGUGAAUUUAAAAGAAUGUGAAACUCCCACUGAGUUAACACCAAAACUUAUAGCUGGGCUCACAGAUGAAACUGUUAAUCGAGGUGAACCUUUCGAUUUAAAAUGUGAGUUCAAUGGGCAGCCAGGUAUUACUAUUGCAUGGAACAUGAAUGGAAAGUUUCUUCCGACUAACAAUCGUUUCAGUACAUCUUAUGUAGAAUUUCGAGGAAAUUUAAAUGCAAAACUAUCUUUUGAUAGAAUAAAAGGACAAGAAAAUGGCUUAACUUUUACAUGUUUAGCGUGGUAUCCAAGUUUAGAAAAUUUCUACAGCAAAUCAGAUGCUUUAGUUACAGUUCUUUCACCCAGUCCACUUCUUAAUGUUACAAAAAUUGGGUCUUCAUAUAUUAUGGUUUUAUUUUCAUUUGUUGGUAAUCUCACAAAAGAUACAGUUGGUUAUGUUUUAAAUGUGAGUUCAUCAAAUAAACUUUCAAGACAUCAAAUUGAUUCUAAAGAUGAAUUUAACAUAUCUGAUUCAAUAAAACCAUAUAAAAACUAUACAUUAGCUGUUGCCAUUGCAUAUUUGGAGAAUGAGGUUGGAGAUUAUUUUUCAGUAACGGUGGAAACUCAACAAGAUAGACCUUAUGGGGCCCCUCUUAACUUGUAUGUUGUCAAAAUUCAACAUGAUGCCUUAUCUUGUUCCUGGAGUAUGCCUGAAAAAGGAUUACGCAACGGAGUUAUAACUCAUUAUAUGAUUAAAUAUAAAAAAUCAGUUAAACUAUAUGAAGAGCCGAAUAUUAUUCAAAAAAUUGUUAAUAAAACACAUAUUGAUUUAUAUAACUUGGAAGCUGGAGUAAAUUAUGAGAUAUCAGUGCAAGCAUAUACUGUUGUUGGCGGCGGACCGUUCACUCAUCCACCAUUUUUGAUAUUUACAGGAGAAGCAACUGAAGAACUGACUGAACUUAAUAAGGUACUAAUAACUCCAUUGAAUGCUGCUGGCAUUGGAAAGCGAUUGCAGAAUAUUACAGCCGAUCCUGAUUUUCUCAACAAGCAUGACAUUACACUUACUCUGGAUAUUUUAGAAAAAAUUGUUCGCGUAGAAAAUGGGAGUCGCUUGAUUGGUGAAGCAUUGGUGACAGCAGUGAGCAAUGUUCUUAAAGCUAAUAAGACAGUUUUAGAUGAAAGUGAAAUAUCUAACAAAACAGGAACUAGGUAUGUCAAAGUUUUAGAAAAUUGGUUGGAAACAGUUGAUGUGAAGGAGAAAUUUCUUCAAGAGAGUUCUGAAAAUGUUGUUGUUCGCAAAGUUUUUAUAAAAAAGCUUGAAUUAGAAGAAGGUAUCAAGUUUGCUGAGUCUUCCAUUGCAGAAAUAACUAUUCCUAUUGAGGCUCUACCUAAAAACAAUACAAUGGAGUCUGUUUACUUUGUGUAUUACAAAAAAAAUAAGUUUUUCAGUCAACCGAGUAUCGUUGAAGAACAGUGUGUAAAUGGUUUUACUGUGGUAAGAGAAAGAGUUUAUACUCCUGUGGUCUCUGGCGAAGUUGCGGGUUCAGAAUUAAAAAAUUUAUCAACACCUGUAAUUUUGAAAUUUAGAGCAAAUGGAAGUAUGGAUCUUAAAGCCAGUGCUUGUGUUUAUUGGGAUUUCAAGGCAAAUGAAAACAAAGGAGGGUGGUCAAAAGAAGGAUGUAAAGUCCACAGCAUUGUUAAUCACUCCAUUACAUGUCAUUGCAAUCAUCUGACAAAUUUUGCUGCAGUGAUGGAUUUUUAUGCUGAUACAAGUCGUGUUUGUGGGUUCCAUAAAGUUGUGCUCACUUGGAUUAGCAUUGUUGGAUGUUUCUUAUCAAUGGUUGGACUUUUUUUAACUCUGUUAACUUAUCUUUUGUUCAGUCAACUGUUAAAAGAACUGGCUGCUAAAGUUUUAGUGCAGUUAUGUGGAGCAAUGAUGAUUGUCAUGCUUACAUUUAUGACUGGUUUUGAACAAGUUUACAGACCUACUGUUUGUGUUAGUGUUGCUAUCAUACUGCAUUACUUUACCUUAGUUGUUUUUAUGUGGAUGCUGAUGGAAGCUUUGUUUAUGUAUUAUGCUUUUGUUAAAGUGUGGCCACCAAGAGAAGAUGGUGAUAUUUUCAAAACUGCAGCUGUCGCAUGGGGUAUACCGUUGGUUAUCGUUGUUAUCACUUUUGCUACAAGCUGGAAUAGUUAUAAAGGAAAACAUUUCUGUCAUCUUACUGGUUAUCCUUUAUAUUUUGCUUAUCUAGCUCCCAUAGGGUUAAUUAUAACUAUUAAUUUGCUGAUAUUUUUAACAAUUAUGUAUCACCUAAGUACCAGACCAAAUUCUAAUACUGAAGUUUCAACAGUUAAAAUUAGUCUAACAAGAAUAAAGCGUGCUUUUGGAAUUAUGAUUCUUAUGGGGUUAACAUGGGGAUUUGGUUUUGGAACUGCAUCCAAUGCCAGAUUGGAGUUUAGUUACUUGUUUGCUUCUUGUAAUGCUUUACAGGGUUUUGCAAUUUUUUUGUUUUACACUGUUGCUCAGCCAAAUGCUCGCAAAGCCUGGUAUCGUUUCUUGACUUGUGACCCAAGAAGUGAUCGCAAACGCAAUACCCUUUCAUAUUAUGAAAGGCGCAGAAUGUCUUCAGGAGCUAGCAAUAAAACUAAUUCUAUGCACUUUGAAAGAACUUCAACAUGCACAUCUACAAUCCUUCAACGAAAUUCAUCAGCUAUGAGUCAGCAGUCCUCAGCUAAUUGCUUGUUUAAAAACAAUUCAUGUCACUUAACCAAUUUUAACCAAAUGAUGAACACAAUUCACGAAGAUGAUUCUGCUCCUACUUCUGUUACAAAUUCUUAUUCCAGAGAUGACUUGUUAGUGAUACCAGAUGGACUUGUCACAGCUGUUGUAGAAAGUGUGUUAAUAAAGAAUGCUGCAAUCAAAACAUUAGGGAAAGAUGAUAUAAUUGAUAUUAAAUUUGAUGAGGUGAAAAAGCUGAAAAAUAACUUGAAUGACAGUCCACAUCAUGUUCUAGAGAUAUCAAACUCUAAUAUUACUGACUCGGCAGAAACAAUUAUUUUAGAAUUGCCUCAUAAUGAUUCACAUUCUUUAAAUGAGAGCUUUGGUACUAUAAAAGUAAAUCAAAAAAGCUCGAAUAUAAACUGUGAAGAGUGUGGCCAUGAAAGUGGUUUGGUAAAUUCAAUAGAUAGUUUAAAAAAAAACCAUACAAAGUGACGUUUCUACAAUGACUGAAACCUUUGAAAAUGAUGAUAGAAUGUUGCAUUCUCGAUUAUUUGGAGAAAACUCUCGAGACCAUGUUUCAAGAUGGCUUCAAAAUAACUGUGAUGACAUUAAUUAUGAUUCAGAUAGUGACUAUUCUAGUUCAUAUUAUAAAACGUCUCGAUCGUCAAGUGUGACAGAUCUGAUCUCUGAUUCACAUACAAACACAAUGCACAGUUACGGAAGUCACCAAAAAAAUCUUACUAAGGAGCAGGUUCUUCGAGAAACUUUGGUUAUCGGUCCCUUGAGAGGUCUUGGUUUAAAUAAUAAUAUAUAUAAUUCAAAGGACACUAAAAAUAAGCAGUUGAGCGUUUCGAACUCAAAACGCAGUACAGAAGAACUAACAAAAAAACGCAAUGGAACGGUAUGUUCUGAAGGCUCCUUUCGUAUUAAAGAUGACAGUCCAAAAAAGAAAAAAAUACAAAAACGCAGUAGUACGCUAGGCAAAAAACGUUACCUGUCAUUAGAAGACUUUACUCCUUAACUGUAACAACAUGCUUUUGAACAGUUUGUGUUCAGUUAUUCAAAAUAGAAUUGAUCACUUGAUCAAAAAAUCUAGUUCGGCAAAAUAUCUAUCAAGUAGAUGUUAAUAGUUUUUAUAAAUUUAUAUUACUAAGCUUAUGUUUUUUUGUUACGAAAUAUUACAAUCAAGAUUUUGUUUAGAA